AUGCAGCCCAGGGACAUCGUCAGUGCCGACUUUUGCAUGAAAAGCGUGGACGCUGCAAUCGCCUCUCUGGCCCUGCCGGCAUUGGCAACACUUGCAGCAGAUCCUCUUGCGUCCCUCAUUGAUAUCGCCUAUCUUGGACACCUUGGUUCCCUGCAGCUAGCCUCUGUGGGGGUAGCCCUGUCCAUAUUUGGGACAGUCACCAAGCUGCUGAACAUCCCUCUCCUGAGCGUCACGACCAAUGUUGUAGCAACGGCUGUAGGGAGCGAUGCAGAUGACAAGGAUGCGCAGAUUGGGCUUGCAGCAUCCACAUCACUGCUCAUUGCAGUUCUGGUCAGCCUUGCAGAGGGAGCGGCACUGGUGGUGCUGGGUGGGAAUGGUCUGUCACUCUGGGGAGUCAGUCCGGGGUCGCCCCUGCGCUAUGAUGCACUGGACUUCCUGCAGAUAAAGGCGCUCGGGGCCCCAGCAACAUUGCUUCUUAUGGUUGCUCAGGGUGCAGCUGCUCUGUGGCUUAUUGCGUCCUUGAGCAGGAAGUAUUCCCUUAGUCUUGCCGGCAGAUCAGCCAUGGCUAGCUUGUCUUCAUUUCUGGGACCGACAGGGCUGUUAGCAUUGCGCACAGUGGCCAUAUCUGGCACAUUUGCGUUGGCCACAUCCCUGGCUGCGCGCUCCGACCUGGCUCAUGCAGCUGCACACCAGAUCUGCCUCCAGCUGUGGCUGGCUUCCUCGCUGCUGGCGGACUCUCUGGCAGUGGCCGCACAGACUCUGCUGGCACAGGGUCUGGCUGCCAACGAGCUGGAGAAAAUUGCAGAGAGAACGCUGCAGCUGGGGGUGGCACUGGGUGUGUCUCUGGCGACAGUGCUGGCCCUGACGAGCGGUGCCCUGCCCCAGCUGUUCACGCGCGACCCGGCAGUCAUUGCAGCUAUCGGCAACAUAUUCCCCUGGGUCAUCCUGUCACAGCCCAUCAAUGCACUGGCUUUUGUGUGGGACGGCGUUCUGUACGGGGCUGGAGGCUUUGAAUAUGCCGCCAAGGCAAUGGCUGUUUGUGCGACACCCGCGGUGGGCUGCAUGCUGUUGGCAUUGUUAGCACCUGGAGCGCCAGAUUUGGAGCUGGGCGCUGUCUGGCUGGGUCUAAUUGUGCUGAUGAGCAUGCGCUCCAUAACCAUUUACAUCCCUUGGAAGCUGCAGCGGAGUCCCUUUGACAGAUUCUUUGGAAAAGCGGUGAGGAACCUGUAG